AUGAAAUUUUUAUUAUUAGUCAAUUUACACAAGCAAAGUAUUCGUCUUAAUAGUUUUAAUGACAAGCCAGCAGCAUUCCACGCUAAAGAUCUGUUCAUGAGUUGUGAUAUUGCAAGAAAAUCAAAUAGAUUUGUUGCGAAAACAUCGCUAAUGAGCUCGUUAACAAGUGUUGUGAAGAUAAUCCAUAAUUGCGUUAGAAAAGCGAUUUUACAUUGUUUUAAAUCUGAAUCAUACGAAAUCGAUCUUGGAAUUGAAAGCAAAAGAAAUUGUUUGUUAAUUAUUUACCCGUCAGCAUGA